ACAAGCCUGGCAGGCAGCGGCGGCUGUGAACGCAACAGGUCGUGGCUGACCUUGCCCUCCCUGGCUGGCGGUGGACGAGAGCCCUCACUAACAUGCUGGCAAGGUCGGCAGUAUUACUCCUGCUCAUCAGUUAUAGUGGGCAUGUUGAUACAGAGGAAACUUGUGCCGCCUCUCAGAGAGAAAAGUGCAGUGAUGAGCGGGACGAGAGGCUGGACAGGUACAGCAGAGAGGCCAAUGAAAAAUGGGUUUCAUACAUAACAAAUAUAGAUGAAGCAGUGUCAAGAUAUAAACCUUGUUCUACAAAGAAAUGUUCGUGUCACUAUCAUUUAAUAAAGAGAGAUUUGUCUGCAUUUGAAGAUGGUAUCCAAAAAGAGGCAGUUCAGUCUGCCAGAGAAAGGGGAACAUUUUACCAGAUCAUUGAUCAUGAAUUGUACAGGGAGCGAGAUUGCAUGUUCCCAAGCCGGUGCAGUGGUAUUGAACACUUCAUUCUAAAGAUCAUUGACAAGUUGCCUGAUUUGGAGAUGGUCAUCAACACAAGAGACUGGCCACAGAUUCAUCGUUCAUAUGGGAUGAAAAUGCCAGUGUUCUCCUUCAGCAAGACUGAUGACUACUCUGAUAUCACCUACCCUGCUUGGACAUUUUGGGAGGGUGGCCCAGCCAUUUCUCUCUACCCAACAGGACUGGGCCGGUGGGACCUCCAUCGCACAUCCCUUGCAGCUGCUUCUGAAAAAUGGCCAUGGGAAAAGAAGAAGUCCCACGCUUUCUUCAGAGGGUCACGUACCAGCUCAGAGAGGGAUGCACUCGUUUAUCUCUCCAGGGAGUCUCCCCACCUUGUUGAUGCCCAGUACACUAAAAACCAAGCUUGGAAGUCUGAUGCGGAUACUUUGUAUGCCCCACCUGCAAGUGAGGUACCAUUAGAAGACCAUUGCCAGUACAAGUACCUCUUCAACUACCGGGGAGUGGCAGCCAGCUUCAGGUUCAAACACUUGUUUCUCUGUGGUUCCCUGGUGUUUCAUUCCGAUGACAAGUGGACUGAAUUUUUUUACCUCAAGUUGAAACCUUGGGUUCACUAUAUACCCAUCAGAAUUGGUGCCUCCAAAAAUGAAAUAAGAGAACUUCUGGAGUUUGCCCAAGAAAAUGAUCCAAUUGUUUCUCAGAUUGCUGAGAGAGGAAAAAAUUUCAUUAGAGACCACCUGAGGAUGAAGGAUGUUCUUUGCUACUGGAAGAAAUUGCUUGUAUCAUAUGCCAGCUUGUUAAGUUACCAGCCUCACAGAGAGAGUGGAUUAAUACAAAUUCCGAAGAAGUUAGGUUAAGUCCUUUUUGAUGUUGAAGGACCACUCCCACUUGAGGUGUUCAUUGUUGUCAUCAUCUGUGAAGAGAGACUUCACAGUGUAAUGGCCACGGGCAAUGAGACCUGAAGGUGCAUCCUCCAUUGGGGUGGUGUAGGACUGAACCUCUUCCUUAGGGGCAUAGGAACCCACCAUGUGAGUCAUCUUGUCCACUGUAAAAGUUUAUAUAUAUAUUAAAUAAAUUGUUUUAAUAUA